AUGCUUUUGUUUAAGCUUAUUUCCCCAAAGGCGCUUGUCGAGUUAGUAGCCAGUAAAAAGGUUAACAGAGUCAUUCCGGUGGAUGCGACAUGGUAUCUGCCCAUUUGGAAGCUUGAUAGUAAGCAGGAUUUCCUGACCAAGCCACGUAUUAAAAACUCUAUCUUUUUCGAUAUCGAUGCAAUCAGCGAUACCGAGUCGCCCUAUCCACAUAUGUUCCCCCCAACACAGGCUUUUAAUGAUGCGAUGAGUAAUUUGGGGGUUCAGAAAGAUGAUAUUUUGGUGGUUUAUGACCGAGUUGGCAAUUUCAGUGCUCCAAGAUGUGCUUGGACAUUGGGAGUGAUGGGACAUCCUCAAGUGUACUUGUUAAACAAUUUUAACGAGUACCAAGCGCUCAAUUAUCCCCUAGACUCUACUAAGGUUACCGCGUUUUCUCCUUAUCCAAAGAGCCGCUAUGAAGCUACUAAGGACUUGAGGGACGAAGAAGUUGUAGACUAUAACGAAAUGCUGGAGUUGGUAAAACGUGAUGAAUUGGCCAAGAAAUUCAACUUUUUCGAUGCGAGAUCCUUAGGCAGAUUCGAAGGUACGGCACCGGAACCACGUCCAGACAUCUCAUCUGGACAUAUUCCAGGUGCUCAGCCAUUACCUUAUACUGAACUGCUAGACCCGGAGACCAAAGUGUACCCAGAAGAUGGAGAAACCAUGCGUGCCAUGGUGGAAAAGGCUUUGAAAAAAUUGCAGUGUACUCUGGACCCAACCAAACCAACUAUUUGCUCUUGUGGGACCGGUGUGAGUGGAGCCAUUAUCAAGACAGGUUUGGAAUUAGCUGGUGUUCCAAAUGUUAGGUUGUACGAUGGGUCUUGGACCGAAUGGGUCUUAAAGUCUGACCCCAAGCUGAUCGCUAAGAACAGAGAUUAA